CGCGCUACUUCCGGCCAUCUCAGGCCUUUUCCGCCGGUGCCGUACCGGCCUUAUCUCCGCUCUGUAGGUCGUUCCCGGCGCCAGGCCCCGGUCCCUGCGCACCGCUCGCCGGCACCCAGCGGCUCGCUCCUCCUCCCGAAUCUCUCCGAGGCUCGGAGCGACUCUGCCGUGCGUCUUCGCGGGCCGCCCGGGCCGAGGCCUGCCGCGCGCGGCGAGUCGGCGCCCACCUGACCCCUCGUCCCCCCGCAGCUCCGUUGAGGCCGCCGCCGUCGCCUCGGGAUGCCGGGGCCGGGGUCCGCGCAGCGCUGGACGGCCGCCGCGGGCCGUUGGGGCUGCAGGCUGCUCGCGCUGCUGCUGCUGGUGCCGGGGCCCGGCGGCGCCUCCGAGAUCACCUUCGAGCUGCCGGACAAUGCCAAGCAGUGCUUCUACGAGGACAUCACGCAGGGCACCAAGUGCACCCUCGAGUUCCAGGUGAUUACUGGGGGUCACUAUGAUGUAGACUGUCGACUAGAAGAUCCUGAUGGUAACGUGUUAUACAAAGAGAUGAAGAAACAGUAUGAUAGCUUUACCUUCACAGCCUCCAAAAAUGGGACAUACAAAUUUUGUUUCAGCAAUGAAUUUUCUACUUUCACACACAAAACCGUCUAUUUUGAUUUUCAAGUUGGAGAAGACCCACCUUUGUUUCCUAGUGAGAACCGAGUCAGUGCUCUUACCCAGAUGGAAUCUGCCUGUGUCUCCAUUCACGAAGCUCUAAAGUCUGUCAUUGACUAUCAGACUCACUUCCGUUUGAGAGAAGCUCAAGGCCGAAGCCGAGCAGAAGACCUAAAUACCAGAGUGGCCUACUGGUCCGUAGGAGAAGCCCUCAUUCUCCUGGUGGUCAGCAUAGGGCAGGUGUUUCUCCUGAAAAGCUUUUUCUCCGAUAAAAGAACCACCACAACUCGAAGACCCAGGAGGGUUCUUGGGCCAGGUUGCCGCUGGGCCACGCUCUGCGGGCUCGCGUUCUGGCGCCAACCCUCAAGGACGCGCCAGGCGGACACGGGCACCCCGCCCAACCGGCGGCGCGCGGGUCGCUGUCCUCCUUUCCCUCGGAUAUUGAUGAUGGGUGUCGGGAAGUCUAAAACAGACGCCUGCCCUCUCUCUCUCUCCUUGGGGAAAAGCCCUGGGGUGGAAAAGAGUCAGGGACUCCAGGAGUCAGCUUCCAAGAAACCGGACGACCUCCCCAUGCACGAUCUGGCUGAGCCAAGCCCCACGACCCCGGUCCUGGUGCCCGCUGGGGAGCACAAGGGGGCUGAGGGCCAGGGAGACAUGUUGGAGGGGGAAGAGGAGGAGGAGGAGGAGGAGGAGGAGGUGUUCCUCAAGUUCGUGAUCCUGCAUGCAGAGGACGACACAGAUGAAGCCCUCAGGGUCCAGAACCUGCUGCAGAAUGACUUUGGCAUCAAGCCUGGAAUCAUCUUUGCCGAGAUGCCCUCCGGCCGGCAGCAUCUGCAGAACUUGGACGACGCUGUGAAUGGGUCCGCAUGGACCAUCUUGCUGCUGACCGAGAACUUCCUAAGAGACACCUGGUGCAAGUUCCAGUUCUACACAUCACUCAUGAACUCAGUGAACAGGCAGCACAAGUACAACUCGGUCAUCCCCAUGCGGCCCCUCCACAACCCCCUGCCCCGCGAGAGGACCCCCUUCGCUCUGCGAACCAUCAACGCUCUGGAGGAGGACAGCCGCGGCUUCCCCACCCAAGUCGAGAGAAUCUUUCAGGAGUCCGUGUAUCAGAUCCAGCAGUCUCUGUGGAAGGACACCCGAAGUAGCAUCCGCAGACAGGUCCUCGCCUGAGACGGAGCCCCCAGCACGUGGCUGGCUCUCAUCUGGGAAAGCCGACCCCUCAUCUCCAUAUGAGAAAGCACAUUUCUGGCAAGAAGUUGGCAGAAUUUUACAGAAACACAGGAGCUCAAGCACAAGACGUUUCUGCAGGACAUUGUAUAGACUUUGGAGGUGCUCUUUGAUGCCUUGGAUAAACUUGAGACUGUCCAAGUUUGAGAACAUUCCUCUCACGGUUUUCCUGGUCCACGCAUAUCACAAAGGAUAGCCUUAGUUCAUAGCCCUGGUAUCUGUCCUUGAACACAGACUUCUGUGGGAGACGUUGUACAGAUACAAUGAUGCUUUCAUUUUGUUGGCAAAGGACGUGCAGGAGAGAAGGUCCCCGGGAGACCUGACCACCCUUCCUCAGACAGAAAUGUCACAGCCAGGUUGACUGGUAUCAUCGCCCAGAAAUACAGAGAGCCCGAUGAGAACAUUCAGAACGUUCAGUAUUGAUACUUGCAGAACAAAAAGCCAAUGCGAGAACGGUGGGGCAUUUUACAAGAAUCCAGCCAACUGUGUUCUUUCUGUGGACUUUGGGGAUUUGGAGACAGUGCCUAGCCCUGACUAGCCCCCCAUCUGCUGGCGUUGUUGUUAGGGACGCCGGGGAGCCAUGUUGUGAGGUCCCUGGAGCCUCAAGCUCUUGUGAUGUCAUCUGUAACUAGGGCUUUAUGUGUGGGGCUUCUGAACGGUUCUGUGUCCCUGACUGUGAGUUCUCCUUCGUCUCUCUUAGGACAGCCUUGAGAAAUUCCUCUCACUCCCAGUGCCCUACCAGGAAGUCUUCCUCAGCUCAGUGAUCAGAGUAGCCUGACCACGUGUAUGUAUGCUGUAGGUUAUUCCUAGACUCAGGGUGGAAGCAGGAGACGCAUUCUGUGGCCUCCUCUUCUGUGUCCCACACUCCCAGCACACCACACAGGCCCACAAAGCCCUGUCCCUUACCCUCCUGCCCUCCUGUGCCACCUGUGGCUGAAGGAGAGCCAUCAGGUAUGGAUGGGAGAUGGGAUGGGGCGGGAGUCACACCAAGUAGCUAGGAAAGCGCCCAUUAGGGGACCAGGAGACCUGGUUCCAGUCUUGUCUCUGCCUCCAAGGCUGAAUGUGACCUUCGCCUCCUUUCUCUGUGAAAUGAAAGGCUUGAAUUGAUGGAGCUCUAAAGGACCUUUGUCCUCUCUCAGAAUGUGAACAAGUAGGAACCAGAAAAGGGAACAAGCAAAUAAUAAUAAUAAUAAUUUUGUAGUGUGAUGUGUAAUAAGUUUCAGGAGGUGUGAGAUCAGCUCCCAAUGAAAGGAAACGCUAAUGUGUUUACAGCAUAAUUGAUUUCUGAUGCUAUCUGUUACACUUUAAUAGUCCCAAGAGAAUUACAAUACUUGCCUCCUCAGAUUCUUUUAAAAUACAUUUUUUUGUAGGGACUGUUGAGCAAAGAUGAUCUGCCUGAUUUUUCUUUCCCCUUAUCCUCACUUCUGCGUGUCUCCUGGCACUGGGGUCUGCUCACAUCUUUCUCCAUCCACCUCUCCAUAGCCAUCACCAAAUGUUCCAUGAGGAACUUUUCCCAUAAUCCUGCAAGUAAGUUAAACCUCCUCCUUCACUAGUACUCCUUGAAGAAGAGAUCGUUUUCAUCGUGCCAGGGACAAUUUUCUUAAAGCCCCUUUCUGUCAUAGUUGCUUACUACUUAUUUUUCUUUCUCAGUUUUAAUGGUGUUCUUUUUUUCCCUCUGUGGUCUGUCUCCAAUUUCAUACAGUAAAACAGCAUUAACCCACCCUUUCUGCUUAUUACCAAAGCGGGAGCUAUGGGCGCUGGGUGGUUUUUUUUAAUAUAUGUGCUGCUGAAAUGGGCCCUCGAUGGUGUUUUUUAAAUAAAUGUUUUUACUCAUU